UUACUUACUCUUCUCAUUCUCCUCACAGGAAACCAACAUUCUUGGAUUUAAAGGACCACGGAAGAUGACGGUGAUUAUCCCGGGAAUGAACUUGGAUGGUGAGAGAGUUUCCAUUCGACCCAAGAAUGAACACGAGACUUUGCUGACACGAUGGCAGAAUAAAAACAUGGAAAAUAUAAUUGAGUUGCACAACAAAUCUCCCAUCUGGAAUGAAGACACUCAGUCUUAUGUCCUGAACUUCCAUGGUCGUGUGACACAGGCUUCUGUGAAGAAUUUCCAGAUUAUCCAUUCCAAUGACCCUGAUUACAUUAUUAUGCAGUUUGGCCGGGUCGCUGAUGAUGUCUUCACUAUGGAUUAUAACUACCCGAUGUGUCCCAUUCAGGCAUUUGCAGUGGCCCUAUCCAGUUUUGACAGUAAACUGGCAUGUGAGUAAUCCUCACAAACUGCCAGCAGAUAUGAACUGGACAAAAUCAAUCCUUGAAUUUUCCAAGACCAGGAAAGUAGGAGAAGAUACAAGCACCAGGAGCUGUGUUAUAGAGAGAUCCAGGAAUAUUCUGCAGAUUUUUCAGAAUCUCUGACUUUAAAUCUGAGACAAUGUUUGAAAAACGGUGUCAGAAAUUGGGGCAAGUUUAAUGAAUAUUCAUGUGAAAUGCU